AUUUCGGGGAUGGAGAUGGAGGUUGUGGGAGGGCAGUUAGCCACCAACACCAACACGGCAGCUCACCACGUCGAUAUCAGAAGCUUCAGAAAGUUAACUAAAAUAGUUUAACACCAAAAAAAUAGGACAAAAAGAGAAAGAGCAGAUCAAAAAAUCGCAGAGCUUUUUCGUAUCUUAUUAUCUCUGCGGCGUGGACUUUCUGCUACGAGUUUCAGAUCCACCCAAGUUCAACAAAAAACAAAAAGAGAGAGACUUUGGUACUUUGGUUGUUGUUGCUGUUGUUGUUGGGUUUUGAUUCUGAUCAGAAAUGGCUGAGAACGAAGAAGAAGAAGAGCGGCAGCAGCAACCUCCACCACCGCCGGCCACGUCAGCUCGUCCCCCGCAGCCUUCGCGCCCCACGAUCACUCUCCCGCCGAGGACUUCUUUUGAGUCGUUGUUUAACAACUCCGGCGCCGGCGGGAAUACUGGGUUCAGUCCGGGGCCGAUGACUCUGGUUUCUAGCUUCUUCUCUGAUGGGGAAGACUGCAAGUCGUUUUCUCAGCUACUGGCCGGAGCCAUGCUGCCUCCGGCGGACAGGGCCGGGUUUCCGCAGCUUGAAGAUAGGAAUUCCGGGGAUGAUAACAACUCUGGUUUCCGGUUCAAGCAGAAUGAAGCUGCGGGGUUGUCGCUUGGACCGCUGUCGCCUAUGUUUCCAGCGGGCUUCCUCGACUCGCCGGGAGCGCUAUUCUCCCCGGGACAGGGAGCCUUUGGAAUGACGCAUCAACAGGCCUUAGCUCAAGUGACAGCUCAGGCUUCACAAUCCCAAUCCUACAGUUUUCAUAUCCCAAAUGAACACUCUACAUCUAUGACACAGCUUCCAAUUUUUAGUUCGAGUACAACACCUCCCCAGGAUAUGCCAUCUGGAAUACCUGAUUUUGGAGUCUCUGUGAAAGAAUCGUCUGAUAUCUCGCAUUCAGACCAGAGAUCCCAACCAUCUUCAUUGACUGUCGACAAGCCUAAUGACGAUGGUUAUAAUUGGCGAAAAUAUGGGCAGAAGCAGGUGAAGGGGAGUGAGUUUCCUAGAAGUUAUUACAAAUGCACGCAUCCUAGUUGUCCUGUCAAGAAAAAGGUUGAACGCUCAGUUGAUGGCCAGAUAACUGAAAUCAUUUACAAGGGGGAGCAUAAUCAUCAGCAUCCUGUGUCUAAGCGCCCAAAGGAUUCUGGAAAUCAAAAUGGAAAUGUUCAGGUGAAUCAUGACUUAGCUUCACAAGGUCAUGGUGGGAACUCGAACAAAUCAAAAGAAGGUACUUAUUCAAUGUCUAGGCAGGGUCAGGAAUCUAGCCAAGCAAUAUCUGGGACAAGUGACAGUGAGGAAGUUGGAGAUGCUGAAACAAAAGUAGAAGAAAAAGAUGAAGAUGAACCUGAGGCCAAGAGACGAAAUAUGGAGGUCAGGCACUCGGAACCAGCUUCUUCCCAUCGGACCGUGACAGAGCCUAGAAUCAUAGUGCAGACAACCAGUGAAGUUGAUCUGUUAGAUGAUGGCUACAGAUGGCGAAAGUAUGGGCAGAAAGUUGUCAAAGGCAAUCCUUAUCCAAGGAGUUAUUAUAAAUGCACAUUCGAAGGAUGUAAUGUACGUAAGCAUGUAGAGAGAGCAGCAACAGAUCCUAAAGCCGUCAUAACAACAUAUGAAGGUAAACAUAAUCAUGAUGUGCCUGCUUCUAAAUCUGGCAGCCGCUAUGCAGCCAACAACAAGGCAUCAAUUCCAGGAACUGAAAAGCAUGCAUCAGUUAGCAAGAUGGAAACUCGAAACAAUGACAAACAGCCAGUAGCGCGUUUACGUUUAAAAGAAGAAAAAAUAACAUAAUAUUCUGUGUGUUUCAGUCUACAAAAUUUGAUAUGUGCACGAUCAAGCAAAAUAUUUUAAUGUGAUUUUCGUCUGAAUCUGUUUUGCACUUGUGGCCGUAGUUUUGAUCGAGGCCAAGUACCCUGGUGCUGAUGUAUAAAGAGAAGGGGUAAUGCAAAAAAGUCUGGGGGUUCAAAUUUUUUUUGCUGUAUGUAAACUAGGUUACAAGCAUAUGGUCUUGAGAUUCAUAACUUGUGUGCAUUCUUUUGUAUAUGGAGAUGCAGUAAUAUGGUUAUUAUUGUAUUUAUGUUUGAAUAUCAGGAAAAUGUUUAGG